AUGAAGGAAGAUGAGAAGGCAGAAGGUGCGGAUGCCGAGGUGGAGGAGAAGAAGGGUGAUGAGCAGCCUGACGUGGAGGAUCUGGACGAGGAUGAGUCGGAUGAAGAGGGUGAGGGCGCAGAUAAGGAGAAGAAGAAAAAGGGGAAGAACAAGAAGAAGAAGCAGAUCAAGGAGAAGUACAUAGAUGAA